CUGGCGCGGGAGAUCGGGGCGGUGUCGGGUCCGUCGGCUAGUUGCUCUUUCCAGGCAUGGCUCUGCGCUAUUGGCGCUGGUGGCCCUGGUCGGCAUGGUCUCGGACCCGGCCGCCUCCUUCCGAGAGCACCCAGAGCUUCCGCCAGCAGUUCUCCACACAGGAGCAGACCCCCCAGAUCUGUGUGGUGGGCAGUGGCCCAGCUGGCUUUUACACCGCCCAACACCUGCUAAAGCACCACUCCCGGGCCCACGUGGACAUCUACGAGAAGCAGCUGGUGCCCUUUGGCCUGGUGCGCUUUGGCGUGGCGCCUGACCACCCUGAGGUGAAGAAUGUCAUCAACACUUUUACGCGGACGGCCCAGUCUGACCGCUGUGCCUUCCACGGCAACGUGGUGGUGGGCAGGGAUGUGACCGUGCAGGAGCUGCGGGACGCCUACCACGCCGUGGUGCUGAGCUACGGGGCGGAGGACAAUCAGGCCCUGGAGAUCCCCGGAGAGGAGCUGCCUGGCGUGUUCUCAGCCCGGGCCUUCGUGGGCUGGUACAACGGGCUUCCUGAGAACCGGGCGCUGGCGCCGGACCUGAGCUGUGACACGGCCGUGGUUGUGGGGCAGGGGAACGUGGCUCUGGAUGUGGCCCGGAUCCUGCUGACGCCACCUGAGCACCUGGAGAAAACGGAUAUCACGGAGGCUGCCCUGGGGGCACUGAGACAGAGUCAGGUGAAGACGGUGUGGAUAGUGGGCCGACGUGGAGCCCUGCAAGUGGCUUUCACCGUUAAGGAGCUUCGGGAGAUGAUUCAGUUACCAGGAACUCGGCCCAUUUUGGAUCCUGCGGAUUUCUUGGGCCUUCAGGACAGAAUCAAGGAGGUCCCUCGCCCGAGGAAGCGGCUGAUGGAACUACUGCUUCGAGCAGCCACGGAGGAGCCAGAAGUGGCGGAGGUCGCCCGCCGGGCAUCGGCCUCCCGCGCCUGGGGCCUCCGCUUUUUCCGAAGCCCCCAGCAGGUGCUGCCCUCGCCGGACGGGCGGCGGGUGGCAGGCAUCCGCCUGGCGGUCACCAGACUGGAGGGUGUUGGUGAGGCCACCCGGGCAGUGCCCACUGGAGACGUGGAGGACCUCCCCUGUGGGCUGGUGCUGAGCAGCAUUGGCUAUAAGAGCCGCCCCAUCGACCCCAGUGUGCCCUUUGACCCCAAGCUCGGGGUCAUCCCCAAUGUGGAGGGCCGGGUCGUGGAUGUGCCAGGCCUCUACUGCAGCGGCUGGGUGAAGCGGGGGCCUACAGGUGUCAUCACCACCACCAUGACGGACAGCUUCGUCACCGGCCAGAUUCUGCUGCAGGACCUGAAAGCGGGGUUGCUGCCGUCUGGCCCCAGGCCUGGCUAUGCGGCCGUCAAGGCCCUGCUCGGCAGCCGAGGGGUCUGGCCUGUGUCUUUCUCGGACUGGGAGAAGCUGGAUGCUGAGGAGGUGUCUCAGGGCCAGGGUGCGGGGAAGCCCAGGGAGAAGCUGCUGGAUCCUCAGGAGAUGCUGCGGCUGCUGGGACGCUGAGACCAGAUCCCAGGCAGGCACGGAGGGGAGGAGUGCUGUGCGGGGGUCGGGGUCGGGGUCAGUCUGAGCAGAACUCUGCAUCGCCUGGCCGUCCUGGCGUGAGGCCUCGGCUGCCCCUUUUCCGGGGGCCUCUGAGCACUUCCUCGUGCCAGAAGGUCGCUCUUGACACUGUGGGUAACUCUCAGCAAGGAGAUGACCUUCCUUAGGGAUGGGUGCAGGUGCAGGCUGACCUUCCUCCCUCCUGCCUGUCUCCUGCUGGACUGUGGAGGGUCACCAGGUCGGAAAUACGCUGGAAAUAAAACACCUGCAACCGAGG